AUGGUCCGCCACAAGAAAGACUUCUCCAGCAAAGGCAAGAAAGGCGCCAACAGGACACAGGCACAACACACCCACCCCGACCGCGAGAAUGGCAUGGGUGGCAACAAACGACCACCUUUCAAAGCAGCUGCCUGGGACUUAAACCACUGCGAUGCCAAGAGAUGCUCUGGAAAGAGGCUGAUGCGACUGGGUCUGAUGAGAGAGCUGCACGUGGGGCAAAAGCAUUCCGGUAUUGUCGUGUCACCCAAGGCGAAGAUCCUGUGUUCACCGGCAGACCGCGAGAUCUUGGAGCAGUAUGGAGCAGCAGUGGUGGAAGCGAGCUGGAAGAGGAUUGAGGAAGUGCCGUUCAGUAAGAUUGGUGGACCCAAUCCGCGACUCUUGCCAUACCUCAUUGCUGCGAACCCGACGAAUUACGGCAAGCCGUGGAGGUUGAAUUGCGUCGAGGCUCUGGCUGCGUGUUUCGCGAUAUGUGGAAGGUUAGAGUGGGCUGAGGAGAUGUUGAGCACUUUCAGUUACGGGCAGAGCUUUCUGGACAUCAACGAAGAGGUGUUGGAACGAUAUGCGGCUUGCAAGGACGAAGAGGAGGUCAAGAAGGCGGAAGAGGAUUGGUUAGCGAAGAUCGAGAAUGAGUGGAAGGAGGAUCGUGAGGCAAGAGAAGACAACAAGGAUGAUGCAUGGAGGGGAGGCAACAUGAACAGACGGCAGCCGGUCGUGGGCAAUGAUCUUGAGGGUUCGGAUGAUGAGGGUGGCAGUGAUGAAGAGGAUGGCGACAGUGACGCCAGCAGUCUCGGCGGCAUACAGCUUGGUGGACCGAAACCUGGUGAGCAGCCAAAGGUGCACGGCAACCCAUCUGACGGAGAGAGCGAAGACGACGAGCGAGACCCAUACGAUCUACCGCCGGACGACGAUGACGAAGAAGAAAUGGCGUAUCUCCGCAGUCGCGUACUGGCAUCGAAGCCAUUCGCAAACCCCAGCAAACCCUCAGCAACGGAAGAAGAUCGAACAGCGCCCGAACGAAUAUCACGACCCUCAGAGCCUGCAAAGCCACAACUGCCAGAAGAUUCAGAUGCUGAAUCUGGUUCCGAUGUUGGUGGUGACGACGACGAAUUCGACAACAUAAUGAACGCUGCACCAGUGACAGAUCGAGCCGGCAUCACCGCAGCGCAGCGGAAACGAGCGAUGGAGAAGGAAGGCAAGCUUAGUGCGACGUUCUCGAGAACUGUUGUGAGUGCGCCUGGGAAGUGGCCGCCGAACUAG